CUCACACGCAGUGAGGGGAGCGAGGGGGUGGGGGGUGUAUGUGCCCGCCCUGUGUGGUCUUCUUUUAGCUCAGGAACCUCUUGGGAAUGUUUGCGAGCUAAAUUUAUUCCCGAGUCGGUCGUGCGGGGCGACACUGCGGCUGACGGGACAUCUCCGGUGUCCUUGGGGUGAAGCGGACCGAGUGAAAGGAAGUUGAGUGCUUCGACAAGAGGAUUCCCUCUGUGGGCAGAGCGUUUAGGGCAUGAGACAGGAAGUUUGGGUCAUUUAACAGGAAGUUGGACCGGACGAAAUGAUGCGUGAUUUGUUUGAGUUGCGGGGUAGACGGCCCGCCGUCUCCUUCUCUGUGAGGACUUCCGGGACCUUCCCGUUUUUCCGCGUGGUCAAAUGCUCCAGGUACCGCGGGAAUGCACCCCGUGACAUCCUGUGGCCCGCCAAAACCUCUUUGACUCUUUGUCUUUGUCAGUUCCGAGGAGGACCAAAGUGUGCCCUCGUCCCGCCUGCAGCUCAGCGACUUUCAUGUCGUCCAGACGCUCGGAGUCGGAGGAUUUGGACGCGUUCAGCUGGUGCAGCUGAAGAGCGAGCGGACGAGGGCGUUCGCCAUGAAAGUCGUGAAGAAACGUCUUCUGACUUCUGCCGGGCAGAAGGACCAGGUGCGCUCGGAGAAGGUCAUCAUGAGCCAGACGCGCUGCCGCUUUGUGGUCAGGUAACGCAGCAGGAGCUCCUACAAAAUAAAAGGGGCCCUCCUUGCCAAAUUGAAGCAAGCCUUGCCCGUGUGUGCAGGUUGUACCGUACCUUUAAGGACAGCAAAUAUGUGUACAUGCUGAUGGAGGCGUGUCUUGGCGGCGAGCUGUGGACGCUCCUCAGGAACAGGGGUUGUUUCGAGGACGCCAGUGGUCGCUUCUACGUGGCAUGCGUGCUGCAGGCCUUGUCCUACCUUCACGCCCGGGGGAUCAUCUACAGGGACGUCAAGCCCGAAAACGUCCUCCUGGACGCUCGCGGUUACGCCAAGCUGGUGGACUUUGGUUUCGCUAAGAAGAUCGGCGUCGGAAAGAGGAGGAAGGCAAAGGCGGACGAGAUGGACAAGACGUGGACCUUCUGCGGCACUCCCGAGUACAUGGCCCCCGAGGUCAUCCUCAACAAAGGUCACUGCCCCUCCGCUGACCUUUGGGCCCUUGGCGUCUUCACGUUUGAACUUCUGACCGGCAGUCCUCCGUUCUGCGGAGCGGACGCGGUGCAGACGUACACGGCGGUGCUCCGGGGGGUGGACACGCUGGAGUUCCCCGGGAAAGUGAGCCUGACCGCCGCCGAUCUCAUCAGGAAGUUGUGCAGGGACGAGCCGACGGAGAGACUGGGCGCACUGAAGAAUGGCGAGGACAUCCAAAAACACCGGUGGUUUGAGAGCUUCGAUUGGGAAGGCCUGGAGAAAGGAACGCUGACCCCGCCCAUCGUGCCGGAGGUCUCGUCUCCGACCGACACCAGCAACUUUGACCGUUUUCCGUUGGACAGCGAGGAAGCGCCUCCGCACGACGACUCGGGCUGGGACCACGACUUCUAGAAGCGGAAAUGGACCUCCCGGUGCAGGUGUGCUGUUACUUGCUCUCUUGCAAAUCUUCAAACAUUGCACAUUUGAAUUCCGAAGCGCGUGAUUCUGAUUUACACCAAGGUGGGUUGGUGUCCCAAAAUGGAUAUUGAUGUGCAAUUAAAAAAUGUUACAUUUUUUGAGCCUACCCCAGCGAGUGUUCCAUUAACCUGCCACGCAAGUUAGUGUUAGGAGUGGUCGCUUCUGGUACUAACUUUGCCCGCCUCUGGACGACAUGACGGCACUCAAACGUCACCCAUGACCCCUCAGCCCCUCCAGUAUUUACGACCGCUCCCUUCAUAAUGCCAUUCUGAGAUCAGGAGAGAGAGUUUGCAAAGCCGACUUGGUUUGAAAUUGAAGACAAGCAUCACAAAGAGAUUGUGUCGUUUGUUACUUUGCUUUAUUGAUGAUCGUAAAUAAAGUACUUGAAGAAAACAAACAAGUUUCUUGUCUGCUUCAGUCACAAAUAAAACAUCCAUAAACACGCACUUCCAAACAUGGAAGCCAAUUUUGUUCAUUGUUUCAAGAUGGUUUGUUGCAAAGGGCAACUCCGUUGGAAUAGUUGAGAUGCAAGUCUCGUCUGGGUGGUUUUGGUCUCUGCUAGUCUAAACGGGGGUCCGGAGGCUGAAGAACCUGCAACUCCCAAAGAAUAACGGUGAAAUCAAACUUCAUUUAAGAUUGGGCAGGAAACAUGGGACGACUUUCUGCAGGACCCCAAUAACUUUUC